CAGCAGCCCCAGCCUCAAGGCCAGCUAUGAAGAUGGACAUGCUUCACAGUCUGAAUCAGAUAUCCUUCAAAGACAGACGUUCCCAUCCUCCCAUCAGCUUCCUGGAUACGCCUCCACGCCUCAAGCAACUGGCAUGCAUUCCUCAGCAGCAACCGAGCUGUUUGUUACAGGACCCUUGCCGACCACUGGAACACUGCCACCACCUACCCUGUCCGCUUAUCAACAUCCAGCUACCUUUAGCAAUAGAAAUUUUGUGACCACGUCACCUUUGGUGCUUCAGGAUUCAUCUUUUAACACUACAUCAAAUGGAAUUUUAAACCCUCAUGAUCCUUUGCUACAAAUUAAGACUUCGCAGGGAACUGUUCCAGCUGCUUUGGCAUUUGAACGCCUGGGCAGUUCUGCACUAAGUAAUAGCAUCCCACCUCAGUCUUCAACAUAUCGCUCAGCUCAAGAGUCAGCACCCCAUCUCUUACAACCUCAAUUUAGUUUGUUGCCUUCAACACUUGGGGGAGCCCAGCAAACCCCUCAAGCCUACAGUUCAGCUCUGUUUACUAGUUCUGCUGCUUCCAUUGAAAGAGCCCUUCUUCGAGAAUGUAGCGUUAUUAAACACCACCAGCGGCCUUCAGUUACCCAGUCUAUUCAAGCACAACUGACUGGUUCACAGCAUCCCUUACAUAGUUACCUAUCAAGUGCAAGUAUUGGUAAUUUUCAGGAAACAUCGAGGCAGUCAUCUUUAUCCUGUAGCUCAAUUCGAGAUUCUACUCAGGUGAGCAAUGGCGUAUUGCAGCAGAAGACCCCUCUUGUCUCAGCAGAACUUGCUCAGUCUUACUCAUCUGUAAUUCCAUCAUCAGGGUAUGUUCCUUCUGCUACAAAAGUAGAUGGCUGUUCUACAAAACAACCACUAACGUCAACUACAAUUCCGAAGUCUCAAAGUGUAAUUCCUCCUGUGCAAACACUAAACUAUUCUAAACCUUUACAUAACCAGAGUUCUGUGAUAUCAGGUCAAGCACAAAUUUAUUCUACAGCACAGCUACCAAGCCUUUUAUCAGUCAGCCAAUCCCAAAAUUAUGGUUUAGUACAGCCACAUAAUGUGCCAUCGAUUGUUCAUUCACAGGUUUAUAGGUCCAACAGGGUUGAGAAAUUGCCAUCCUUAUACAAAACAUUGACUUUUUCUGGGUCAUCACAGCCUGUAACCUCUGAAAAUCAGACACUUAGUUAUUCAUCCAAUCAGCAAGAAGUAUUAUCUUUAGUUCCAAAUGAGAAUUACCCUGCUCAAACAAGAGACCUGUCAUCAGUCAGUCAGUCUCAAAAUUAUUCAUCUGGUCACUCUCAGGAUUUAUCACCAGUUAGCCAAACACCGGACAGUUACUCAUCUCAAUCACAAGUUUUAUCUGUUGUUAGCCCUUCAGAAAGCUAUGCAUCGGGACAGUCUCUGACAUUAACAGCCCCUUCUCUCUCUUAUUCUUCUGCCUCUCGGGGUCAGAGCUUGCCAGAUUCUAGUGCAACACCAAAUUAUAUUUCUGUGCAUUCAUCCCCAAAUGCUCAGACCCAAGGAUCAUCACCUCCUCAGCCCCAAAAGUUUUUGCCUACUGUACAGUCGUCUUUUGUAUCCUCUACUCAUGGUCAGCCAUUACAGAAUAGCAUACCUUCCCCUGAUCCGAAGUCUUAUGCUGAGAGAAAACUUGACUCAAAUGUGUAUACAUCUUCAAAGCAAGAUGAUUUCCCAAUGCAGAAAUUACAAGCAUUGCAGUCACAACCAUCUCUUGAAUCCUCAAGCCAAAGGUUACCUGAUGGGGAAGUAAAUGCUCAAGAGUCACUUUAUAAGACAUCCAAGGCGGAUGACCGCUAUUCUCAGAGUGUAACCAGAAGUACCUCCCACCUUGAAGAUCAAGUGGUAGGAGUUGCUCUCCAGGGUUCAGAACAAGAAGAAAACAUGGUUGGUUCAGUGACACAGCUUCCCCAGCGAAGUGGCCAGCCCAAUAAUGCAGUAGCCUCCGAUCUUAAGAAGGCAGCUAAUGUAAUGCAGACUCCACAGAUACGUUUGAAUAAUAAAGACCUCAACCAGCAGCAUUCUCUCUUACACAAGAUGCAUGAAGCGAAGCUUCAGGAACAGCAUGAUCAAAUAAUUGGUGCCUCAUCUCAGAUACAGAUUCCAAACCAUGCUUUAGGGCACAGUCAUCAGGCUCUUGCUAAUACACCAGUCCUUUUAGAUUCUGCCUGUGACUUACAGAUUCUUCAGCAGGCUGGGAUUCUACAGGCCAGCCUGGGACAAGCAAAGGCACCCUUACAAGUACAGCAGCGUGUUCAGAGUCCUCAACAGAUAGUCCACCCUUUUCUUCAGCUGGAUGGUCCUAUCAUACAGAGCAAUGGGGAGCAUCCUCAGCAGCAGCUCCAUCCUCAGAAUUCUCUAGACCUCCCUGAACCUUCAAAACCUUUGCAACAGCUAACAGCAAAGGGCCCUUUUGGUGAAACCAAUCAACACGAUUCAAAGAAUCAGUUUGUUUCUUUGGGAUCAAUAUGCUUCCCAGAGGCAAUGCUUCUUAGUGACGAAAGAAAUAUUUUGUCAAAUGUAGAUGACAUCUUAGCAGCUACAGCAGCGGCCUGUGGGGUUACACCUUCUGACUUUUCCAAGUCAGCUUCAAAUGAAACCAUGCAGGCUGUUGAAGGUAGUGAUUCUAAGUCUCAUUUUCAGCAGUCAUUAGAUGUCAGGCAUGUGAAUUCAGAUUUUAACUCUAUAACAGCUACAGUAGGAAAGCCACAGAAUAUUAAUGACAUUUCCUUAAAUGGAAAUCAGGUUACUGUAAACCUUUCGUCAGUACCCACCCUUCAGUCAAAAACAGUCCUUGAUCAACAGCACAUGGAAACACCUAGUCAAAAUAUGCCAACUAAAGUACCAUCAGCCAUGGUUGGACCAGGUCAUGAAGUCCAGGAGCAAAGUUCUGAUCUAUUCAAGAAACAGUUGGCUAUAAAUCAUGAGUCUAAAGAAGAUGGUAAAAUUGCUGUUGACAGUGCACUGAGUAAUAACAGACAUCAAGAGUUUGUCUCUAAUAGUCAGAGCGUGAGUGGAGAGAAUGCAGCAUCUGAGAGUGAUUUUACCCUAGUGGGUGAUGACAGUGGAAUGUCAGUGAACCAUAGAAGGGGCACACUUGCACUGCUGACCAUGGGCCAGCCUGGGGAUGCAGCCAGUGGGAAGACUGAAGAUGAAAAGCAAGAUGUAACAUAUUUUAACCUUCCAAAGAAAAAAGCUAAAGGAAGUGGACAAGGUAAAGAGGAAGAGGACAGUCAAAAACAACCGAAAAAGUCUUCCCAAGGCAAGCGCCAGAACCCCAGGGGGACAGACAUAUAUUUACCAUAUACUCCCCCCUCCUCGGAAGGCUGUGAUGAAGGUUACCAGCAUCAAGAAAAGAUGAGGCGGAAGAUUAAAGAAGUAGAGGAAAAGCAACCAGAGGUCAAAACAGGAUUUAUUGCUUCUUUUUUAGAUUUCCUGAAGUGUGGGCCCAAGCAGCAGUUUUCUACCCUUGCUGUUCGAAUACCUAAUAGGACCAGACGAUCAGGAACCCAGGUCACCCGUACCUUCUGUCCUCAACCACUUGCAAAGGCGUCACCUGCAACACCUGUGCUAUUAGUGCCUGAGACUGCAGUGGUCAGUCCAUCAGAAAAAGUUGACAGUGAACUUAAAAAUUUAGAACCAUUAUCUUCAUUUUCUUCUGAUGAGGAAGAUCCUGGCAUGGGUGGCCAUGAUAUCUAUAAGAACACUUCUGCUCCCUUAACUACAUUGGAUGCUACUUCUGAUAAAACGAAGAAAACAGAAGCUCUAUCUGUAGCAAAUCCUGCUGCAUCUUCCGAGACUGCUGGUGCUGCUCCCACUUCCUCCAAUGUUGGUGCAGUUAAACAAGACUUUCAUCUGACUUCAUCAGCUGGAAACACCCCGGAAAAUGCAAACUCCACAGAACCCCCUACGUCCAUCAGACUUGAUAGUCUUCCUUCAGACCAGCUGGCGAAAGGACAGGACACAGUUGCAAUAGAAGGUUUUACAGAUGAUGAAAAUAUUGAUAGUGGAGGGGAAGGUCAAUACAGAGAACGUGAUGAAUUUGUAGUAAAGAUAGAAGACAUAGAAACGUUUAAGGAAGCUUUACAUAUGGGAAAAGAGCCCCCAGCUAUUUGGAAAGUCCAGAAAGCUUUAUUACAGAAAUUUGUUCCUGAAAUUCGAGAUGGGCAAAGAGAAUUUGCAGCUACAAAUAGUUACCUUGGGUAUUUUGGAGAUGCAAAAACUAAAUACAAACGGAUCUAUGUGAAGUUCAUUGAAAAUGCAAACAAAAAGGAGUAUGUCAGAGUAUGUUCCAAAAAGCCAAGAAAUAAGCCUGCACAAACUAUCAGAAAUGUUCUGUCUAAGCCAAGUAGUGUCAGUAAAACUUCUGACCCAUCAGUAUCAAAAACAACAACUACAAAAACCCCUUCCACAAAACCCAAAGUUAAACAGCUCAAAAUAAAGGCUGAGCCACCACCAAAGAAAAGGAAGAAAUGGAAAGAAGAAUUUUCAUCAUCACAAUCUGAAUCAUCUCCUGAGGUCCGUUCUAUCAAUAGUGAGGAUGAGGGCCUCCUGCCCACAGAGGUGAGAAGAGGACAUUGGCUCUCUUAGAAUUCCAGUUUCAGCCAGAUCCUCUGGAAGAGCAUCCAGUGCCCUUAACCGCGGAGCCAUCUCUCCAGUUCUGGCCUUUAUUGGACUCUUAAUCCUCGUGUCUCUAGAGGCCUCCUGAGUGCUGGGAUUAUAGUCAUGCACCACCAAUCCCAUUUAACCCUGAAGUUUUGCCAUGGAAUUUAUAUAUGAAUAGGCUAUACAUGUCACUAGGAUUCUGUAAUAAUUUUAAGUGUAGAAAUAAAGAAGAAAUAUCUUUGUUUGUGGGUGGCUGGUAGUGUUUUGUUUGUUUGGUUUCUUGAAACAAGCGUCUUAGCUGGCCGGAACUCAUGCAAACCAGGUUGGCCUUGGAUUUAUAGAAUUCUUCCUGCCUCUGCCUCCCAUCACCAUGUCAACUCUUGGAUUCUGUACUAGACAAGUCAUUGAGACUACAGCCAGGUGUCUGUGGUGAGACAGGUCAGAAGAGAAAAUGGCUCUCACCUGGCCUGUGACAGAUGCUACAGUGGUGCCAGGCCUCAGUCACCUGGGAAGCUUUUUAUAUGGAUAAGCUUUAACACCAUUCUUAACUCCACCACUACCAAUGCUCCGUUUCUGAAAGCUACCAGUCUGGGCUUUGUUCUGUAUUACAAGCUCCACAGUGCUGGCCUGAUGACACACACCUAUAAUCUCAGCACUUGGGAGGUUGAUGCUUUUGAAGACUGCUGAGUGCACAGAACAAAACAAGCCCUGCAGUGAAUGUGAGUGUUAUAUAUACCAGGCUAGCCUUAAACUUGGUAAGUUGCUGUUGAUGACCUUGAACUCCUGAUCUUCCUGCCUUACCUACUAAGUGCUGGGAUUGCAGGUGUGCACCACCACAAUUCAAUUCAUCUGUGAUGUUUUUGUCUCUGUGUUUGAAUAUUCAUGUGUGUGUUGAUGUGCACAUGUAGACCAGAGAUUGGUGUCUCCUUAUUUUUUAUGACUUCCAUUGAACCUGGAACCUAAUGAUUGGGCAAGACUGGCUGGUUAGCAAACUUCCAAGGAUCUUCCUGUCUCCACCUUUCCAGCACUAGGAUUAAAAGUGUGUGCCAUUACCCUUGGCUUUUUAAUGUGGGUAACUGGGGAUCUGAAUUUAGAUCUUCAUGCCUCACGGACAACACUUUACUGACUGAGCCAUCUCCCCAACCCUGCCUCGGUUAUCCCUACACAAAGAAUCAGGAAGGCUCAAUAGGAGAAAUCAUGUCUUCAGUCUUGUCUUCAGGCUACUAA